AAGCCAACAUUCACGGUUGAUUAUAAGAAAAAUGAGUUUCUUAUGGAUGGUAAAGUUUUCCGAUAUGUCUCGGGAUCGUUGCACUAUUUUCGAGUUCCAAAACCAUUUUGGAAAGAUAGGAUACAAAAAAUGAAAGCUGCCGGUUUAAACGCUAUAUCAACCUACGUCGAAUGGAGUCUACACGAACCAUACCCUGGGCAGUACAACUUUGAGGACAUAGCUGAUUUAGAAUAUUUUAUCCAGCUAAUUCAGGAUGAAGGAAUGUACAUAUUACUAAGGCCGGGACCAUAUAUUUGUGCCGAAAGAGAUUUUGGCGGUUUUCCAUAUUGGUUGUUGAACGUGGUGCCCGAAAAAAGACUACGAACCAACGAACCCAAUUUUAAAAAAUAUGUUACCCGAUGGUUCAGCGUGCUGAUGCCAAAAAUGCAACCUUACUUAUACGGAAACGGCGGGAAAAUCAUAAUGGUUCAGGUGGAAAACGAGUACGGUAGCUAUCAUGCUUGCGAUAAAGCGUACAUGAUUUGGUUAAGAGAUUUGUACAAAAGCUAUGUCGGCCACAAAGCUCUGCUCUACACGACCGACGGUUGCGGUUAUGCUUUUUUCAAAUGCGGUGCCAUUCCAGAGGUCUACGCGACCGUAGAUUUCGGUUCAAACUGCACCGGUGUGUGUUUUCAAUACAUGAGAAAGACGCAGCCGAGGGGCCCGCUGGUGAAUUCCGAAUUUUAUCCCGGAUGGUUGUCUCACUGGGGCGAGAGAAGUCCUCGAGUGCCGUCCAACAGCAUUGUGAAAACCAUGAAGAAUAUGCUGGCCCUAAACGCUUCUUUCAACUUUUACAUGUUUCACGGAGGAACUAAUUUCGGUUUCAAAUCGGGCGCCAACAUGAAAAGUAAUACACCACAACAUGGUUUUCAGCCUCAGUUGACCUCGUACGACUACGAUGCGCCGUUAAACGAAGCCGGAGAUCCGACGGAAAAAUAUUUUAAGAUCAAGCAGGCUCUUAAAGAAGCCAAUCGCCAGGUGUCCCACCAAAUUUCACCGGUGCCCACUCCUAAAGGCGACUACGGUAAGGUGACACUCAAGCCUUUGGCAAGUUUCUUUGAGCAAAUCACACAACGCGUCAAACCCGUCACCAACGACGUACCGUUGGCGUUCGAAGACCUAGGUGUAAACACAGGAUUUGUAAUGUACGAGACCAAUCUAACGGACAUACAAAAAAGCUUCAUCGGCGUCGUUAAGCUCAACAUAAAAACUGUCAGAGACCGAGCAAUAGUUUACUUAGAUCAGAAACAACAAGGUACAAUGUACCGAGCUAUGGGAAACUACACAAUGGCAUUAAACAUCAGUCGCACAGUUAAGAAGUUAAGUAUUCUGGUCGAAAAUCUAGGUCGAGUAAACUAUGGCCGGUUUCUCGAUGAUAAAAAGGGAAUAUUCGACCCCAUUAAAUUAGACAAUAAGACAUUGGGUCCGUGGAAAAUGAUUCCACAUCCUCUGAACGAGACUUCUUGGAUUCCACCCAUUAAACCCAAACAGAGCGUCCAUUUACCGGCUUACUUCAAAACGGAAUUCGUUCUACCGGCAAAUAGCACCAAGUGUCUUGAUACGUUCUUGGACCCUUCGGGUUGGACUAAAGGCGUAGCGUUCCUGAACGGCAUAAAUCUGGGUCGAUAUUGGCCGGCAAACGGACCUCAAGUCACUCUAUACGUGCCAAGCAUUUUUUUAGUGCCACCGCCGGCAAUCAAUACGCUUAUAAUGAUGGAGCUCGAAAGCGUCCCAAAAGAUUUGUCCGUUAAACUGGUCAACAAACCAGUAACAAAGUAUUAG